AUGGACGGGCUCUCCAGCAGUGUCUUCCACCUCGCGGGGUCGCUGCAGUGGAAGAGAGACGCCACUGAACAGGGCGGAUUAUUGACUGGCGAGGAUCCGAGCGCAUUCACUACGACAGAUCCUCUCAAGACAUGGAUCAUCCAGCUGGGUGUCAUCAUGAUGAUAACUCAGCUCCUUGCGUUAAUCCUGCGGAGGAUAAGACAACCGAAGGUCAUCGCAGAGGUUAUUGGAGGUAUUCUGUUGGGGCCUACUGCCUUUGGUCGGAUUCCUGGCUUCACGCAACACAUAUUCCCGGCCGUGGCUACUCCAUACCUGUCGCUCGUCGCCAACAUCGGGCUAUGUCUGUUCCUCUUCCUGGUCGGUCUCGAGAUUGAUUGGUCUGUCGUCAAGCGCAACAUGAAGAAGGCGCCCUUCAUCGCGCUGGCUGGCAUCACCCUACCGUUCGGCCUUGGUGCUGCGUUGUCAGUGCCGCUAUACCAUCAUUUCAUCAGCAGCUCCGUCAAAUACACCAACUUCAUGCUCUUCACGGGCGUCGCAUACUCCAUCACUGCCUUCCCCGUUCUCUGUCGUAUCUUGACCGAGCUGAAGCUCCUUGAUACUCACGUUGGUGUCACUGUGCUUUCCGCUGGCGUCAUUGACGAUAUUGUCGGAUGGACCCUCCUCGCUCUCAGCGUGGCACUGGUCAAUGCGGGCUCGGGGCUGACAUGCCUGUGGAUUCUGCUCAUCACCGUCGCAUGGGGUAUCGUUCUGUUCGUAGCCGUCAAGCCUGCCGUGUAUUGGCUGGCGCGGAGGACAGGUUCUAUAGAGAAUGGCCCCACUAUGUUCUUUAUGACCGUCAUUAUCCUGCUUAUGUUUGGUUCGGCCUUCUUCACGGAUGUCAUUGGCGUUCAAGCAAUCUUCGGCGCCUUCCUAGUCGGCCUCAUCAUCCCUCGUGAGGGCGGUUUGUGUAUCGCCCUUACGGAAAAGCUCGAGGACAUGGUUCAGAUCAUCUUUCUGCCACUGUACUUCACGCUGUCAGGUCUGAACACCAACCUUGGUCUGCUUAAUGACGGCAUAACCUGGGGAUUCACUAUCGCCAUUAUGACCCUGUCCUUCUCCGGCAAGUUUUCAGGCUGCACAAUCGCAGCGAAGAUACUCGGAUUCUCCUGGCGGGAGGCUGGCACCAUUGGCUCCUUCAUGAGUUGCAAGGGCUUGGUCGAGCUGAUCGUCCUCAAUGUUGGCCUUUCUGCCGGAAUCCUCACACAGAAGGUCUUCUCCAUGUUCGUACUGGAAGCGGUCGUCCUCACAUUUAUGACCACGCCGCUCGUGAACAAGUUCUACCCGCCCUCGAUGCGCGUACGCCUGGGGCACCACACCUCUCACCCCGAUGUCAACUCUUCGGUGUCGGAUGCAGACGAGAAGGGCGCCGCAACCGAGAAGAUCAAUGCUCCUACACUCGAAAAGUGGAACGAGGUCGAAGAACAUAAGUCACGCUUCACAGUUGUACUGGACAGAAUCGAACACCUCCCGGGUAUGAUGGUGCUUACGCAGCUCAUCCAGCCUGCGCCCAUCCACAACAGCUCGCCCAAGGAGAAAGUUGUGCAGCGCUCGUCGGACAUAUGCAUCAAUGCUCUCCGAUUGGUUGAGCUGUCCGACCGAACAUCCGCAGUUAUGCGCUCCUCGAACACGGAGAGCAUGUUGCGCAAGGACCCGCUACUGAACAUCUUUGGCACAUUUGGCCGCCUCCACCGCGUCUCCGUCUCCGCGUCCCUGGCGGUAGUUCCUUACGAAGACCUCUCCUCGAGUGUCUUGGAGCAUGCACAGGACCAUGGCUCCCAGCUCGUCCUCGUACCCUGGGUCCCGGCUCCACACAGCACCGAUAAUAUGGCAGACAUGCCAUCCGGCAGCGCAGACGGCUCGAACCCCUUCGAAGCUCUGUUCCGUGCAGCUGGCUCCGGUCCCGGCCAGGCUUCAUCGACCCUACACUCUAACUUCGUGUGCGGUAUCUUCGCCCAGGCUCGCACGGACAUCGCACUGUUCAUUGACCAUCAGCACCCGAGCGAGUUCAGUCUGCCGCAUGGGGAACACCAUCUCUUCCUGCCAUUCUUUGGGGGUCCGGACGAUAGGCUUGCGCUCAACUUCGUAGUACAGUUGUGCUCGCAUCCUGGCGUCAGCGCGACCGUUGUCCGGAUGACGAACAGCGCAUUCGACGAACUCGACAGGGUCGACUCCCUGGCCAAGCCGAAGAUAGCCUACCUGGGUAGCGAACUGCCUCACGAAGCUACAAUACACUCGGUUGCGUUACCGGACACAGUAUAUGAUGUCCAGACGACGCAGACACGCAUGCAAUCCGAAACCGCAGACAAUGUCAUUUGGGCGCGCUACAACUCCCGACAGUCCCCCGAUAGCCCACUGUCUGGUGCAUUGACUCGCAUCCAGUUCUCGGAGAUCCGGACGCCCACACCCUUGCACACGGUGGUCGAGCACGCGAAUAGCCUCGCGGAAUCCACUGCUGAGCGCCGCGCCCACCUGAUCGUUAUGGUUGGUCGUUCGCGGCGUCUUGCCGUUGUGAACCACCAUGGCGAGAUCACGCAGUUGACAGAGCAGUAUGGUGGCUCUGGCGGUGAUGUCAAGAAGACGGUUGGAGAUGUAGCCGCGAUCCUGAUGGCUGCUCGCUGCAAGUCGGAUAUUGUUGUACUGCAAGCGGCCAAGGCUGGAUAG